AUGCUGUCAUUAGGGAAAGGUGAGAACAAUCACCAAAUACUGUUGUAUUCAAGGUUUAAGAAACAAGACAUUCAAGUUUCCGUACCAGAAGAUAGUAACUCAAGUGUGUUUAUUUUUUUUCAGAACUCAACUUAUGCAGAUGGCAUGGGAUGUCCAACCGAUCUGAACUUUAUGAUGGUGCAAAAAAAAAAAAUAAAGUGUUUAUUUAUUUAUUUUUAUUGUGCAUUAUUUCUGUGUUAA